UGACCCCUCCUUAUUUUUACCAACUAACAUAUUUUUUAGUCUACUCUAUAGGACAAGUUUAUACUUCAUUGAAAAGCAGUUUUUAGUCUCGAAGAAACUAAGCAUUUUUAUAUUUUAAUGGAACUAUGGCCACUAAUCAAACUUGUUUAGACUUAGAUAUUAGUGACUUGAUUAAUGUUAUUGACUUAUUGAAGAAAUGUGGCUUUCAGGGAACAAAGUGGCAAGAUCUGGGAUUGAGACUAGGACUACUAAAAGAUACGGUGGAAGCCAUUGAAGUGAAAUAUCCUGGUGACGUGUAUCAAUGCUUGACAGAGUGUCUCUCUCAUUGGCUACGUAGAGUUGAUAAUGUUGACAGUAGAGGAGGAGCCAACUUUGACUCACUGUCAGAUGCUCUACGAUCUAUGAAUAAAACUGCUGUAGCGGAGAAGUUAAAACAUCAUGUCCUUAUGACUAUUUUUAAUAAUCGUCAUACUGUCCUGUCUCAGUCUCUUUGUGAUUCUGUUGGUAUUGCUGGGUUACUUUUUGCUGAACGUAUGUUAACACAAGAAGCAGUUAGUAGAGUGGUGUCAGCUAGUCCCUCUAUUCCUAAUCAACGUGAGGCUCUAUUAACUGCUGUCAAAGAAGCUGUUCAAACUGAUCCCAACAGUUUACAUACAUUUGCUAAUGUAUUGUGUACAAUAAGUACUAAUAUAUCACUGGGACAAACUAUACUGGAUGAUAUUAGUAAGUAUUUUCCUACUCCUAAAGUGGGUGAGGUUUGUGAGACUAAACCUCAUGAUUUACUUGUUGAUCCACAAGAUAAUACAAGCACUGAUGAAACCAAGAUACCAGACUCAUCUUCUGAUACAUCUUCCCAGCCUUUAACACCUCAAGUUGAAGUACAUGUUCCUGUUUCUGAAGGCUUACUGGGGGACUUCAGAUCAAUGAGAAUGUGUUAUGGAAAAAUGUUCUACAAUGUUGGCAAGAUCAUUAAACGGAAAUCUCCUCCUUUAGAAGAAAUUAAGGAAUUUCUGUCUUGUUGUGGCACUGUUCUUAGACGAAAAGUGGAGCAAUGUUCUGAUGAUAUUCCUAGUGUAUUGCGUCUUAUUCAAGAUGAGUGUUCACUAACUGAUAUUGAACUCCUUCAUAGUGUUGUGGAAGAAAUGGAGAUCACUGAAGCUACAGGAUACAUUGAAGCAUAUAGAACAGAGUUAAAGAAAUUCUGCAAAUCACUCUCCAUUAGUCUUUGUUUGAAAGAAAGAUUUGCUUCCAUUCCUCCUCUUCAAUGUCAAACAGUUACUUUUAUCUUUGACUGGGAGCCUGAGGAGCAUUUACUCAAAGAUAUUAUGGAGCUCCUUGCAAAAGUAUCUGGGAAAUUGCUGAAGAUCAAUUAUAUAGAGCGUUCCAAAUCAAUAUCUGUCACUUGCUCCUUUCCUUUCUCCGAUGUUGGGUUUACUGUAUUGAGGAUGAUAGAGAAUAUUCAUAUACUAAUGGGACAAGGAUUAAAGGAACUGACUAUUGGUAACUUAACAUUAUGGAGGAAACAAGAUGUUAGGCAAAAGGCACAUAACAUAAAUUGUUUUAUGGAUAUUGUUUUGUAUAGGAACUAA